AUGCAAUCCUUGCAGCUCGAGUGCGAUGGAUGUCACUUUCAUGAUGCAUGGCUACCCAAGGUGGCGGACGGUGAAUUGCGGCGCAGAAAUCGCAACGAUGUCUCUCUGCCUCCGCUUUUCCUUGAAAGAGCUGUCUCAUGCUUGUUGCAUUUUGCUUCUGCCCAGGGCGCUAAGUUACAUGUCUGCUUGAGCUCUCAGCUACAUGUUCCAUGUGCGGCUGCUUCUCGGCUGGUGCUUGGGGCUCUUCCUCGAGGAAAAGUCCUUAAGCCCCUCGUGCCCGAGUUUGGCCGCUACCUCAAAGUGCUGACGUAUCCUGAGUCCGGCGCCUUGCUGAGGUUCAUGCGUACUCUUCCCAAUGGCGCCAAGGUCACUUCGCGUUUUCUGAGUGGGGGAUCGAGUCCCGGCGAAGUUGCCCUUGUGGGCGAUUAUCUCGAUACUGUGGAUCUCACUUGCAAGCCCAGGCAGGGCUCGUUCGACAUUCAGGAUGUUUCGCUUGCCUGUUUUAGCCAUUGUCCGUUUCCUGACAACGCACCUCUUCACAAGGGCUGCAAAGCUGAGUGCUUGAGCGAUCGGUGUUUUCAGAAAGGUUUCAUCGCGAAGGCAGAGCUGCGCAUGCUGCUUGAUGUGUUGCCCACUGAUCGGAAAUUCGCCAAGAGCAGGGGUGACUGCCUCGAUUCCACAAAGACGUGGACCUCAGGGGUUUUCCACUUCUCCGGCCAUGCCGGCCUCAGGGAUGUCAACAACACUCCCGGUGUGCCCAACCUUCUCAUCCCUUGCUCUGAUUUCAAAGCAGGGGCUGUCAGAGUUCGCCCGGCGGAUCCACAGCAACCCGAACUUGUGCUUGAAGUGUCGCAGCACCCGGCCAAGCUCGAUGCGGCGCUGGUGCAUUCUACUGACGACUGGUCGGGCGAGCGGAUUCUUCUUGUGGCCUUCCAUGUUCAGGGCGCGACAUCUAUGAGUUGCGCAGAUCAGAAGAGAUGUGCUGAACUUGGCUUUGUUUUGGGAAUCGACGCUGCUGAGGAUCGCGUACCUGAUGCUGAUGGUUUGGGCCGUUCUUCUACUGAAACUGUUUUCGUUGGAGUUCCCAGCGAUCCCGAGGAGUUCAUACGAAAAGCGGUGGAAGCAGGGCAUCCAAUGGACAUGGCCAGGCAUGUGUGCCCGGCGGUGGACCGGGCGAGCAAGGCCAACUUCUGCGAUCCUCCGGAAGCGGUCAUCCAGCGCCGGCUGUGCACUCUCCGACGUUGGGAGAGUCGUGCUGCCGAACUUGAUCCUCUUGAGAUGGAGGCGAACAUGCGGAGGCCACACCACAUACAGGCGCUGCUCAAGGGCAAGCGCAUCCUCCUCUGGAAGGAGCUCUUACGCGAGAUAGGUUACCCGGACGUUAAGAUCCUUGACGAGGUCGAACAGGGUCUGCCUCUCACUGGGUGGAUGGCCGAGUCGCAGGUUUUCGCGAGCAACCCGAGAGCGCCUACAAUGUCUGUGGAAACCGUCGUCGCCAUGAACAAGGGUUUUCACGCUCUGGUGAAAGGGCGCCUCGCUAAGAGACAGGAUCACGACGUUGAGCAGAAGACUUGGGCCGAGACGGAGGAGGAGAUCGCUAAGGGAUGGUUCUGGAUAGAUGAGUCUGGCUGCUGGGAAGGAAAAAUCAUUGCACACCGGUUUGGCCUUCUUCAAAAACUUAAGCUGCGAACGAUCGAUGACUGCAGUGUUGGGGGUCUCAACUGCACCGUUGGGCUUCCGGAAAAGAUGCGAGUUCAUUCCAUCGACAUUCUUGCAGCUAUGUUGCGGCGCGCUCUGGAGCUUUGUGGCGGCAAGGCCACCUGUCGCUGGCUCGGCCGCACGUGUGAUCUUCAAGCGGCCUAUCGUCAAUUUGGGAUAAGCGCUGCAGCUCGGGAACUUUUGAGGAUUGUCGUCAACAAGCCUGGUGCGGCACAGCCCAUCCUCCUUGGAGCCAACAGUCUUCCUUUCGGUGCAGUGGGCUCUGUUGCUGGAUUCCUCAGGCUGUCCAUGGCUAUUUGGUCCAUCAGUCUGGUUGGGCUGGAGCUGUGCUGGUCCGCUUAUUACGAUGACUUCCCAACUGUCACAAGCGAACCGCUGCUCGAGAACACGAGCUCCUGUGUCGACCGCAUGUUUACACUGCUUGGACUUGAUUAUGCUAACGAGGGCAAGAAAGCUCCACAGUUUGCGGAUUCUUUUGCGGCACUUGGAACGUGGAUUUGCAGCGAGCUCAGUGCGGCUCGAUUGAAGCAGGAGCUGACCACGUGCAUUGACUCCAUCCUUGCGGACGGCAGCAUGACUACGAAGGAGGCGGAGAAGCUCAGAGGACGACUCGUCUUCUUCGAAGGAUUCACUUUCGGUAGAGUUGCUCAAGUGGCUGUCAAGCAUGUGGGUCGCCAUGCUCAAGGCUCGAGUGGUACUGUGAAGCUGUCUGCUGAUGUCAAGUGGGCUUUACACAUGAUUAGGAGGCGCAUCUGUCAUGCUCUGCCUGUGACCAUAUCGGCAAUGGCACUGCAGACCACUUGUAUCUUCACAGACGGUGCGUUCGAGCAAGGUCGAGGCUCUUUCGGAGGAGUAUUGGUCUCUCCUCAUGGUAGGUGUGUUGCUUACUUUACAGGGGAAGUGAGCCGUGAGGCGAUGCAUCACUUGCUUGCGACGUCGACUCAUCCUAUCUAUGAGCUUGAGCUUCUGCCAGUGCUUAUCGCGAUGCACGUUUGGGGAAAGUUAUCCUCCCACCAGCAAACCGUUUACUAUCUUGACAACGAGCCGGCAAGGAUUGGGAUGAUCAAGGGGGCGGGUGGCACUGCCAUCGCGGACCUUAUCAUCUCCAAAGCCACUGCCCUUGAGUGUGAGCUAGGCCAGCACGCCUGGUACGCUCGUGUUCCAUCACAUUCCAACAUCGCUGACGAUCCGAGUCGCUUUUACUUCGAACGACUUCACAAGCUUGGUGCUGCGAGAAUUCUGCUUGACGAAAGCUGGGUCGCGAGCCUCGUUUUGGAAGCGGGGUGA